CAUAGCCCAGGGACGUCGUCGUCCGCUUGAAGCCCCCCGUAACCUCAUGCGUAUUUCGCAGGUAUGGGUGCUAGGUGAUACGCGUCGUGUGUAUUUGGAUGUUUGUUGUUCUAAAAUUCCGCGAAAAUGGUGUACUACUUUAUUAGCGAUGUUGUACAACCCCCAGUGACGUUAUUUAUGGGACUUGACAAAUAUGAGAAUGAAGAUCUUAUUAAAUGGGGUUGGCCAGAAGAUGUUUGGUUUCACGUUGACAAAUUUUCCUCUGCACACGUUUACCUCAGACUUCAAUACGGACAAACAAUAGAUGAUAUUCCGGGUUCUGUCUUAGAAGAUGCAGCUCAAUUAGUCAAAGCUAACAGUAUUGAGGGAAACAAAAUGAAUGACGUUGACGUUGUUUACACUAUGUGGUCAAACCUCAAAAAGACACAGGGUAUGGAUGUUGGACAAGUAGGCUUCCAUAAGGAGAGGGAAGUUCGUAAAAUUCAUGUUGCCAAACGUUUAAAUACUGUUAUAAAUCGCUUAAAUAAAACCAAAAGGUCUGCGGAAGUAAAUUUCCGUGCUGAGAGAGAACAGAGAGACAGAAGUGAAAGAGAGGACAAGAAGAAACUUUUGAGAGACCAGAAGGAAAAAGAAAAGGCUGAAGAAAAGAGGCGGCAAGAGGAGGCAGAGAUGAGGAGCUACAAUUCUCUCUUCAGUUCUAGUAGCAUGACUUCAAACACAGAAAACACUGGUUAUGACUCGGAUGAUUUUAUGUGAUGUCCUUUACUCAUAUUAUACUAAUAUCAAAAUAAUGUUAAAAGUUGUGCCUGAGCAAUAUUUAUGAGAAUGAAGCAUUUGAGUGAAAGUUUCUUGAUUUCCUAUUACUUAUGACUAAUCAUUUGGAGUCAAUUCUUCUGUAAAGAUUUGUUGCGAUAAAAUGAUUGUUAUUAUUUGCUACUUGUUCAAUAAGUGUCAUAUAAAUGAUAGGACAGUGGUUUAUAAAAAAUAGUUAACAAUUUUAAUUCUUAAGAAAAAGUACAGAUAGUCUAUGAUUAAGUUACAAUAAUUCGAUAUUUACUGCUCUUAAAGCAUCAGCAAUCCAUUCUGGAUAAUUUUUUUCAGGAUAAACUUUCAGCAUGUAAUCUUGAACAUAUUUAGGAAAUCUUUUUUCUUCAAUACUUUCACGAAUUUCUCUCAUAAGUCUCAUUUGGAAUGCAAUAUUAUGAACAGUUAGUAUAUGACAAGCCACAGUCUCAAUAGUCACAAUUUGAUGAAUGUAAGACCUAUUAUAAGUUUUACAAGUGCUACAAGUGCAUGUCUCAUCGAUGGGCCUCUUGUCCACAGCAUAUUGACCUUGUUUUAAAUUCAACUGACCAGUAUGUACUAACGCACAUCCAAACCUCUACAAAAUGUAAAAUAAAUGUUAUAAAAUUAAAGCAA